AUGGAAAGUGGCCUGCAAAGCCUCCUCAACCUCCUGAUAGUUGUGCAGUUCAUAAUUGGGAAUUUGAGCAAUGGAUUUAUACUGCUGAUAAAUCUCAUUGACUGGGUCAAUAAAUGAAAGCUCUCAUCAGUUGAUCAAAUCCUCAUCUUCUUGGCAAUUUCCAGAAUUGGACUCAUCUGGGAAAUACUAGGAAGUUGGUUGUACUCUACAUACUUAUUUCCAAAGUAUCAGCAACUACGACUAAGUACUAUUUAUAUCUGGAUAUUGUUCAAUCACUUUCGUCUCUGACUUGCUACAGUUCUCAGCAUCUUUUAUUUGCUCAAAAUAGCCAGGUUCUCCAGACCUAUUUUUCUCUACCUGAAGUGGGGAGUAAAAAAAGUGAUUCUGAUAAUACUGCUAGGAACCUUGCUGUUCUUGUUUUUAAAUAUGAUACAAAUAAACACACAUAUUGAAGACUGGAAAUAUGGACGUGAAAGAAACACAACUUGGAAUUCCACAGUGAGUAAUUCUAUAAUGUUAUCAAAGAUCAUCAUAUUCAACAUGACCAUGUUCUCCCUCACACCGUUUCUUGUGGCCCUGAUCUCUUUUCACCUGCUUAUCAUCUCCUUAUGGAAACAUCCCCAGAAGAUGCAGCUCAAUUGCAAAGGACACAGAGAUCCCAGGACCAAGGCCCAUAUCGAUGCUUUGAAAACUGUGGUCUCUUUCCUCCUACUCUACACCAGUUACUUUCUGCCCCUUCUCAUGUCAUGGAUUUCUCAUAUACAUCUUCUUAAAUUGGUCCACAUACUUUCUGUGACUAUUUCACUCAUCUAUCCUUCAGGUCAUUCACUUGUCCUGAUUCUGGGAAACUCCAAAUUAAGGCAGGCCUCUCUUUCUUCACUGAGGCAGGUAAAAUGUGAGACAAAGGAUGAGAACCUCACUACUGCAUAA